UGUGUGUGUGUGUGUGUGUGUGUGGCUUGUAUAUAAGUGCUGCAGUGCAGGCUGUGUGUCAGUAGUCGCAGCAGCAGGAUAUCAUGAGGACGGCGGUCCUGUGGGGCCUGCUAGCCCUGCUGUGUCAGCACACACUGGUCAGCACUCACACAUUGGGGAGACCGUCACCCAACAUUGACCUGGUUCAGCUCAAGUCUUUGUUGCAGCGCUUUGAGGAGAUGCUGACUGAAUCAGCCCAGGAGGACUCUGAAGCAGACUAUGACGACACCAACCAACAGCCUGACAACAGUCAGGUCCCCCGGGGAUGGAACCUGGACCAGGAGGGCCCCGUACAACCUUUGACAUCAGAGAGAUCCCAAUUACCAGCAGAGGGCCCCAGCAGGGGCCAGAGUGACCGGAGCCGUCUGCUGGACCUGCUGAUGGGCACCAGGAAGCGCUCCUCGGGAUGCUUCGGAGCCAGGAUGGAUCGGAUAGGAAACGCCAGCGGUCUGGGCUGCAACACUGGAAGAGGGUAGUUUGACAGUCUCCUGGGACACAUGUUGGAUUAUAGUUUGGUCUCCAGCCAAGUUUGUAUGAUUUUGCAUUAGUCAGUUGGUCUUGUAUGUAUUUCUCUGUUUGAACGGCAAGGGCUGCUUGUCAAUAUGUAACAAACUCUGUUUACUGUUCAGUAAAUAUUAGCUGCAUAACAUUAAGGCCCUAAAGGGAAUGAUUUUACUACCAAAGUGCAGGUGUGUUGUUAACAGUUAAAUAAAACCUUUUUUCAUAUGAAAAAUGA